GUGCCACAUCUCCCAUGAGCUUUACCCAAGACUACAGUGGAUCUGCAUUGAAUGGAGCAGCAAAAGAAGAGGGAGCAACAGCAGGAGACAAUGAAGAUGAAAACUGCUGUAUAUGCUUGGACACAUUUAAGAAUAAGAAACAGCUAAAGUGUAAACAUGAAUUUUGUGAGGAUUGCCUGUCAAAGUCAGUGGAAACCAUGGGACCCAUCUGUCCUCUCUGCAAAUAUGUAUUUGGUAGGAUACAGGGAUUCCAGCCUGAUGGAAAAAUGACAUGGAAGACAAAGCGCACUUCUCUCCCUGGAUUCCCAGGCUGCGGCACUAUAGUCAUCAACUAUGAUAUGCAAGGUGGAAGACAAGCGGCAAGGCAUCCCAACCCUAGUAAGAGAUAUUCUGGUAUUAACAGAGACGCAUAUCUUCCAAACAAUGAGGAAGGAAAAGAAGUGCUGCAGCUGUUGAAGAGAGCAUUCGAUGAGUACCUCAUUUUCACUAUAGGGCCGGACAACGAGGUGAUCUGGCACAACAUUCACCACAAGACCUCAAAGUCAGGAGGACCACAGUGUUUUGGGUAUCCUGACCCUGACUAUCUCAGCAGAGUCCGGGAGGAGCUGAAGGUCAAUGGUAUCGAGUGAAGACGUGAUACAAAGUGGCUGAGGAGGGUUGUGUUCACAAGUCGAACUUUACAUACAGAAAUACAUUUUAUGAAUGAUGUGCUACACACUAUUACUAAGCAUUUUUACCUAU